UGUGGUCCGAAACAUAUGGCUAACACUUGCACGACCAUUCCCUCUACACCCUGUCCUCAUAACGGUUUCGGGUUCGGUGCCAGGAUCGGAAUCCGAGUUCGAUUCGCUUGCUAUUCAACUCUCCAAGUCGAGGCAGCGGCAGCGGCUUCCGCUAUGGCCACUCCCUCAACUCUCUCCAUUGCUAUUCUUCCCGCCCGGAACAAUCUAGUCUUCGUUAAAGGAGGGCCGACUCGCAGACAUGCCGUUCGAUUUGACUCAGUUGGAGCCAGUCGCUUCAAUCACCAUCGUCUCUGCUCUCCGUCAUUUCGCGUCUCCGCCACUGCUUCCACUGCGGAGCUUCCUAGCUCUACAGCUCAGGUUAUUGAGAAUCUGGUAAUUAUAGGAUCAGGUCCUGCUGGAUACACAGCGGCAAUUUAUGCCGCUCGAGCCAACUUGAAGCCUUUAGUGUUUGAGGGAUAUCAAGUAGGUGGUGUUCCUGGAGGACAAUUGAUGACCACAACUGAAGUAGAGAACUUCCCUGGGUUUCCAGAUGGAAUAACUGGUCCAGACUUAAUGGACAGGAUUCGGAAGCAAGCCGAGCGCUGGGGAGCAGAGUUAUUUCAAGAAGAUGUGGAAUUAAUUGAUGUGAAAAACAUACCUUUCACUGUGCAAAGUAGUGAACGCAAGGUAAAAUGUAAUAGUCUUAUUGUUGCUACUGGAGCUACUGCAAAGAGGCUGGGGUUACCUCGUGAAGAUGAAUUUUGGAGUAGGGGAAUUAGUGCUUGUGCAAUAUGUGAUGGAGCAUCACCAUUGUUUAAAGGUCAAGUCCUUGCUGUGGUUGGAGGGGGUGAUACAGCUACAGAGGAAGCAUUAUACUUAACAAAAUAUGCCGGCCAUGUUCAUUUGCUCGUACGCAGUGACCAACUAAGGGCGUCAAAAGCAAUGCAAGAUAGAGUUUUUAACAACCCAAACGUCACCGUGCACUUCAAUACAGAGACUAUGGAUGUUGUCAGCAAUAUGAAAGGGCAGAUGUCGGGUAUUUUGAUUAAAAACCGGGACACUCAAGAAGAAUCAGUGCUGGAGGCAAAAGGCUUGUUUUAUGGAAUAGGUCAUUCACCAAAUAGCCAGUUGUUGGAAGGACAGGUUGAUCUUGAUGGAGCAGGCUAUAUUUUGGUCGAGGAAGGCACUGCAAAGACUUCUGUAGAAGGCGUAUUUGCUGCUGGAGAUGUACAGAUUUUCAUCUUUGAAAUCUUAAUAUUCAGGUUUAUAUCAUCAGUUCUUGCAGCCUUAUUGAUAUUUCGGAACUGAUAAUGACUAUCAUCUUUUCCAUUUGGUGCUCUGUCACAGCCCAAGACUGAAGAAGUUAAGAAAGAGCUUACUGACAGAGAUGUACGAGAAGGGUUUGAUAUCACUGCUACAAAGCACAAAGGCCAGUACGCUUUAAGAAAGUUGUAUCAUGAAAGUCCGAGGCUUGUAUGUGUACUGUAUACUUCGCCAACAUGUGGUCCUUGUAGGACCUUGAAACCAAUUCUUGGGAAGGUGAUAGAUGAAUUUGACCAGAAUGUGCAUUUCGUUGAGAUUGAUAUUGAAGAAGAUCCAGAGAUUGCUGAGGCCGCUGGAAUUAUGGGUACACCAUGUGUUCAAUUUUUCAAAAACAAGGAAAUGUUGAGGAUUCUAUCAGGUGUCAAAAUGAAGAAAGAGUACAAAGAGUUCAUCGAAGCAAAUAAAUAAGCUUUUCAAACUUGUCCCUGUAGUUCAGCCUGUAGCUGCAUUAUUUUACAAUUCAAUUUUGACAUCUAUAAUUGUUUAAUUGAACAUGCCGUGUGUACUUUUCAUUGCUGUCUUAAUGUAAUUUUAAUGUAUCAUUAUUCAAUAUUUUGAGUCGCCAAUUUUCAGAUUCUGGAAUU